GUCUGUUGUCUGUCUGUCUGUCUGUCUGUUAUCUGUCUGUCUGUUGUCUGUCUUUCUGUUGUCUGUCUGUUGUUUGUUUGUCUGUCAGUCUGUUGUCUCUGUUUGUCUGUCUGUCUGUCUGUCUGUCUGUAGGUCAAGUCCAGUAGUCAAUAACUUUGUUGUUUGCAAGGACUGAUUUGUAUUUUAAAAAUCCUAGCAUACGUACAAGUAGAAUCUGUAUGAGAAUAAAUUAUCUGUCUGUCUGUCUGUUGUUUGUCUGUUGUCUGUCUGUAUGUUUGUCUGUCUGUGUGUCUGUUUGUCUGUCUGUUGUCUGUCUGUCUAUCUGUCUGUCUGUUGUCUGUCUGUCUGUCUUUCUGUCUGUCUUUCUGUUGUCUGUCUGUCUGUCUGUCUGUCUGUCUGUCUGUCUGUAGGUCAAGUCCAUUAGUUAGUGACUUUGUUGUUUGCAAGGACUGAUUUGUAUUUUAAAAAUCCUAGCAUAUGUACAAGUAGAAUCUGUAUGAGAAUAAAUUAUCUGUCUGUCUGUCUGUUGUUUGUCUGUUGUCUGUCUAUCUGUCUGUUUUUCUGUUUGUCUGUCUGUUGUCUGUCUGUCUGUCUGUCUGUUGUCUGUCUAUCUGUCUGAAUUAUUUGAUUGUGUGAUCAAGUAGAAUACAAACGGUUUGUUAUACAAUCCAUAAAAUUGGUGUUACUGUACCGUACCAUGCUGUACACAUGUAUUACCUACCUCUAACAUCCCGUAUAAAUAGGUGUAUACCAACCGCGUAUCUUACAGCUAUUGGCGCUGUGUCUGUUUGCGGGCUGAUCUUGGUGUUGGAGGAGUCGUUUCUAUCACUUGUUAGUUAGAUGGCUUGUGGUAUAGAUCCUAAAUGGGAGCAACAGUUGAGGCCCCAAUCGGUUACGGUGGCUGAGAUGUUGCGUCCACGUCGGAAUCGGCUGGCUUCGCGUCUUUACAGUAAGGCCCUUAUUAAUGGAGACGAGGAGGAGACGUUCCUGAAUUCAACGAAGUCAGAAACGGACUUGGCCACAGACAUUCUGAUUGUGCUUCGUAAUCAAGGUCCCGGAUCGUUUGACAAAUUCUGUGAUGUACUUCUUGAAGUCGGAGAUGAUACAUUACGUGGAGUAGAGAAGAGCCUCCGACCAAGUCGUCAAGCCAGCAUUGCUGACAUUCCAUCUUUACCACAACCUCAUUUGAGUGAUUUCAUUUCACCUGAUGCAGCAUCUGGAUUAGCAAAAUCUAAAGAGACAACUGCACGUGGUGAGACAAGUCAAGCUGACUCUGAGAUGGUCACUCCACUCAUCAUAGAGAAAGUAGCCGAAAAUGGUUCAGAGCGUUGGCAUGAAAUUGGUAUAUACCUUGGAGUUUCACAAGCAACGCUAACUGAAUGUGACCAACCUCUGUAUACAUUUAAACAAAAAUUGCGUAAAGUUUUGUCAGCUUGGACAAAUGAAAACAGACAAGCUACAGUUGGUCAGUUGUUGUCUGCUUGUGAUGAAGCUAAAGUGGGAGGAGCAGUGAGGAGAGUAUUGAACAUUGAUAGAACAGUGAAUGAAUUUUAGAUAUGAACAAGUGUGUGUUUGGUGUAUACGUGUUACAAUGAGCAUAGUAAAGAAUGAGACUGUGAAUACAUUUAAAUCUUAUUCUAGAUGAAUCACAGUGUGUUGACUGGUUAAGAAACUUACCAGUGUCUUUAGUGUUUCAGCAAGUGUAUGGCCACUCAGACCUAUAAAA